UCUUCUUUCUUCAUCUACCUUCUUCCUCCAGAUCCCCUUCUCUCUUUCUCUCUCAACCGCAACCACGCACGGUGGUGGCCACGCUCCUCGCCUUCCUCCUUCAAAUCCCGUCGCCGGCUAGCCCCAAUCCCGCGCAGGUCCCUACCUCCAACCUCGGCGCCCAUGCGCACCUCUUCCGCUGCCCAUGGCUGCAGAUUACUUCCGCCCCGGCGGGCCGGAGUUGGAUGUCGCCUAGUACUCGCCCUAACCUAAACUAGGGCCUAGUUAUUUUGUUCGUUCUCUCAAAGCCCAAAGCCGACACACACCCACUUUCCCCCAAACCCCCGAACUCCAUGGAGGCACGGAUGAGCUCGCCGGCGGCCGAUGCCGCGCCGCUUCCCCCGGACGAUCUCCUCCGGGAGAUAUUCCUGCGCCUCCCGCCAGAGCCGAUCUACCUCUUCGGCGCCUCCUUCGUCUGCAAGCACUGGCGCGGCCUUGUCCAUGAGGCCCGCUUCCUUCGUCGCUUCUGUGAUUUCCACGGCGGCACGCCUCCCGUGCUCGGCUUCUUCAACCAGAAAGGGCCUCCCUUCUUCGUCCCCACCUCCGGCGGCUUCACGCUCUCCACGGCCACCAUGUCUCGAGAUGAUUGGUGGGCCCUCGACUGCCGCCACGGCCGCGCCCUCAUUGAGAGCUGCCGCACCGGGACGCUGCUCGUCUGGGACCUCAUGACCGGCGACAAGCAGCACCUGCCGCUCCCCGAGCAGUCCUGUUCUCACUACAAUGGUGCGGUUCUGUGCACGGCUGGCCACGCCGACCACCACGACUGCCAUUCUUGCCCGUUUCUCGUGGUGUUCGUGUUCAGUGACGACAACGAUUUCAUCACCUCCGCAUGCGUCUUCUCGUCUGAGACCGGUGUCUGGGGUGAGAUCACUUCGAUUGUUAUACCAGAUGCAUUAGUUCUGCCAAAGCCCAUGGCUCUGGUCGGAAACAAAAUCUACUUCCUGUUGGAUAACAAUAGCAUCAUUGAGUUCGUUUUGGAUAAUCAUACCUUGGGUUUAGUUGAGGAGGUGCCAUGUACCUAUGAUCAGAUUCUCAUCAUGCCGACAGAGGAUGGAUGCCUUGGUUUAGCUGGAGUGGAACGAUUCAAUUUCAAUCUUAAUCUGUGGUCAAAGGUGGCGAGCACUGACGGGGUGGUGACAUGGACACAUCUAAGGGUCAUUCAACUCGAAAAAAUUCUUGCGCCUGAAGCAGUGUCAGUGUGUAUGGCUGGAGGUAUUGGAGCGCAUGCAGUUGGCUGUGCGGUAGAUGCGGAUGUGAUCUUCAUCGAUGUGUAUCCUAGCAUCUACAUGAUCCAUCUCAAGUCCAUGAAGAUCGAGGAGGUGUCGAAAGAACGAAUCGGCAGACAAUAUGUGUUUCCUUACACAAGUUUCUACGCUCCAGGAAUUGCCAUUGGUGGUACAAAUGAUCAAGUUGAACUGCUGAACAACAGUUGAGAUGAUCGUGCUGUUACAUCUGCUGAUAUGCUUUGUUGGUUUAAGAGGUGAUAUCACAUCCUAUGUUACUAUUAUCCAUUGUUUUGUUUGCAACCACUGGAUCAAUAUUCUUUGCAGUGGUGUAAAAAAAUCCAGUGCUAUGCACAAUACAUCUGGAACCUUGAAUAAUGUGACUAUGUCACCUACUUUGACCUUAUUCGCUUUUUCUCCUGGAGCUGGGAAACACUCCUCGAUCUGUACAGUUCAUAGUUCAUUAUGCCGAUGUGCUACCACAAUGCAGUUUAUCAUAUCAAACAAUUUUAUAUCAUUUCUUUGAUAUCCUUUUGUUGUAUAGUUGCAUCUGUCACAAGCUGGAGUCGUUGCAUUUUAGAAAACACAAUGACUGGAAGGUUUCAGUUCAAUCUUCAGAUAUGAACACAUGCUCUCAAGCCAAAAGUGUUUCAAUAUUACUAGAAAUCAAACGUUGCCCAUGACUGGUAAUCUUGCUAGUACAGUGUCCUACUUGUUCUCUCUCUGCUGAGAUGUGCAAAGAGACGAGAGAACAAGUUUAACUGGUAGAAACUGUUUUGCUAGUGCAGUUUGAAGAGAUAUAGUUUUCUCUGUAUUUUUGCCCCUCGUGAUUGUGAGUAGCCAAAGUUAGCUCCGCUGAUGAGAUUGCUGCUGUGCAGGUUUCCGUCGAGCGGUGAAUGUAGCUGUAAAUGAAGUACUACUCCUUGAGAAAUGUGUUGCUCGCUUGCAAAACGUGAGGAAUUAAUCGCGCAAAACGUUGAACAACUGCAACGGUGGUUGGUAAAAUGUACAUCAUCCUGUGAAAUAUUGCUGAGGACAAGAGCCUGUUCGAGUUUGGUUGGCUUUGGUUGUCCAUUUGUGGCUUUAAUAAUGCUCUGUACUGCAGAACAUUCGUGCUGAACCAAUAUGUUCGAUUUUUCUCCUGAAAUUCCUAUGGCUUUGUGAGCUCUUUGAUCCCCCGCUAAAAAUUGUUAUAGUUUGUUCUUUUCUUUUCUGGGGUACCAUCGAAUGUUUCGUAAUGCACAAAGUUGAAGUCUGCUA